UAAGUUCAUAAUAAACUCACUUUCCCUCCUUUUCUUGGCACUUCAUAUUUUCCCAUCUCCCAGACUCCUCCCUUGUGAGUAACUGCAACAUGAAGGUAUCAUUGUCUCCCAAGGUCAGAAAACGUAUGGAGGGUCUCAGACAUCUUCAGAGCCAACAUGAUGAGCUGGAGGCACAGUUUCUUGAGGAGAGAAAGGCAUUAGAAGCUAAAUACCAGAAGCUUUAUCAACCGCUCUACACUAAGAGAUUUGAGAUUGUGAACGGUCUAAAAGAAGUUGAAGGGGCCACGCCUACUGAAUUAGCUGGAAUAAAAGAGGAUCAAGCUACAGACGAGAAGGGGGUGCCUGAAUUCUGGCUCGCUGCAAUGAAAACUCAUGAAGUACUAGCAGCGGAGAUUAAGGGACGAGAUGAAGGAGCUCUGAAGUUCAUUAACGAUAUCAAGUGGUCGAGACUUCAAGAUCCUGAGGGUUUCAAGCUGGAGUUUUACUUCAAUCCUAAUCCUUACUUCAAAAAUUCUGUCCUGACAAAGACCUAUCGCAUAAUUGAUGAACUUGAUCCUAUUUUGAGCCAAGCAAUUGGGACGGAAAUUGAAUGGUAUCCUGGGAAAUGCUUGACGAAGAAGGUGAUUGUGAAGAAGAAACCAAGAAGGGGGUCAAAGAUUGCCAAAACCAUCACAACAAUUAAGAAGAGUGAAAGUUUCUUCACAUUCUUUACUCCUCCUCGGAUCCCUGAGAACGAGGAUGACCGAGAUGAUGAUGCUUAUGAUGAACUUCAGGACAUGAUAGAACAGGACUACAUUGUAGGUAUGAUUAUUCGGGACAAAACCAUUCCUCAUGCUGUGUCAUGGUUUACUGGAGAGGCUACCAAGAACGAUGAGGCUGAGAAGGAAGGGGAAAGAAAAGAAGGCGUGAAGAAGGACGUCAAUGAAGACCAUAACGAGGAAGAGGGGGGAAAGGGGGCCCUAAAGAAGGGCGUCGAAGAGAAAGAGGCAGAAAAACAGGUCGAGAAGAAGAAGAAUGGAGGAGCACAAAUCCAGGAAGGUCAGAAGAAUGGAGGAGCACAAAUCCAGGAAGAUCAGAAAAAGGAGCUCCCUCCUGAGUGCAGGCAACUGUAGUUUUGGGUCACACUUGCACACAAAUGACAGGAGCAGCUUAAAGAUUGGAGCACCAACGGUGGCCCGGUUGAUCAAAAGCUUUAGCUCUCUGGCAUUGGUUACCUAUCUAUCAUUUACAUACAUCUAUACUGCCUGUGUUCUUUUCCUUUCUUUUCUUUUGUUUUCUUUCAUAGUUAUUUUUAUUUUUUCUUUUUCAUUUUAGGAAUUUUUUUUUUCCUAUUUUUAGAUUAAAGUUUCUUACAAUGUAUUUUUUUUAUUUUAUCACUUAAAUCAAUUAAAAGUUCGUAAUUUUAUUAAGAAA